UCUUUUACGAAGUUGAUCGUUUUACCCUCAGUCGAGUCUUACUUCUUCAGAGAAACAGAUCCAAUGUUUGCUCCGCGAUCCUUCCAAGAUAAAAAUCCAGGUACCUUUUCUUUAAUAAAUUCAUCAGUAAAAAUGGAAAAUCGAUUAUUUCAAGUGUUAUUAAUGAUAAUAAUUUUAAUUAUCACCAUUAAUGCAAAUACAAAUGAUUAUUCCGAUUUACUCGAUAAUGAAGAGUUUCGUAUUAAUUUAAUUAAAUGCAUCUAUGAAGAUAAACCUUGUAAACCACCAAUGGAUCGAAUAAAAAUUAUGGUGGUUAACGCAAUAUUAAAUAUUUGUCCUGAUUGUACGGCAUUUGAAAAAGAGCAAGGAAAAAAGAUCAUGUCCUAUUUGAAAAUACAUCAUCCCUUAGAGUGGAUACUCGUCGAUGAUCGUUAUAUUUAUUGACCAUUAUUAUUAAUUACUCACCAAUAAUUAGAAUAUAUAAUUAAAAUUAUUAUUAUUAUUAUUAUUAUUAAGUAUUUGUAAUUAUUUUUAUAAGUAAUUAUAUACAUACAUAACUAUUUUAUAUACUCAAAUAUAAGGAAAACAAAUUAUGAAUAAACAAUUGUUUAUAAA